AUGGGUACCAUGGACUUUAAGACAGAUCCCAGUGCGGUAACGAUCAAUUUGCUGCUUAUUGUCGACCCUGAGGAGAGAGCGAGCAAGCAGAAAGGGCAGAGAGAGGGGCAGACGGAAGGCAGCCGGAGCGCAGGUUUGCAGGAUGAUGGAAAUGGAAACAGCAGAUCACAGCCACCUCAGGGGAGAGACCUUAACGGCCGGCGAGCCUCCAGGGAGCCCUGCAAGCAGACGCAAACCGUUACUUCGUACUCUAAUGAAGGAACCCAAGUGACAGUGGAGGUUCACGCCAAGGAUACCACCCCACAACUCUUCAAUAAAUUCUCCUUUGGAAAAGGUCCCCGGAGGCUGCCCAGCCUGAGAGGUCAGAACAAAGCUUUCCAGAAGACCGAAGCCCCGCGGCCUCCAGGAGGAAAAGACCUGCAUGCAUAUCCAUGGGACAAAUCCUCUCUGAAAUCCAUGCCAGUAGAUCUGCAGCAAUUUGAGAAGCUGGAUGCCUACGCAUUAAAAGUAAACGUCAAGAACAGCGUAGAGGAACUUGUUAAAGCCCUGCUUAAACAAGCCCGGACUGAUCUGGAAAAAGUUCGAGCCAUAUGGAUGUGGAUAUGCCACCACAUAGAAUACGACAUAGUGGGCUACCAUAACAAAAGCCAGCUGUCGAGCAAACCCAUAGAUGUGCUUCAGAAGGGGAAGAGCAUUUGUGAGGGAUACGCUGGGCUCUUUGAACAAAUGUGCAG